UUGUCCUCCUGCUUCCUCCCAUGCAGGCUGUCUUCUCCGCAGAGUGGUCAUGUGACACCGGGGCCGCGUCACGGGGGCCAAAGGGCACCGCUGUGUUGGCGAUGGCGACGGCGGGGAACGGGAGGGGCUUCUUGUCGGACGCCAAGCAGGAGCAGAAGCGCAGACGCAUUUUCCCGUGGAUGCAAGAGUGCAGACGUGAGGAGCAGAAAGUCCACAGCACGCUCGCAGACAGGCCCACGGUCGGUACCGAGGGACUCGGCUCCACCCCCACGGCCUGCAAGCGCACGCGCACGGCGUACACCAGCGCGCAGCUGGUGGAGCUGGAGAAGGAGUUCCACUUCAGCCGCUACCUGUGCAGGCCCAGGAGGGUGGAGAUGGCCGGCCUGCUCCACCUGCACGAGCGGCAGAUCAAGAUCUGGUUCCAGAACCGCAGGAUGAAGCAGAAGAAGGACGAGAGGGCGCAUGCGCAGCAGCAGCAGCAGCAGCAGGCCUCCCCGCCCUCGCCCCCCUCCGCCCCGGGCAGCCCCACUCUGUCCAGCCUGGGUUAUGUGCACGUCGGCGGGCGGGACUACCAGCAUGCCCCGCGGAUCUACCGGCCCGAAUGCCCCGAGUAUCGCACCGGUAGCUCCGUGCCCGAGCCGCGGUUUGACGCGCACUACCACACCGCGCAGGCGCAGGACGCGGGCGAGGAUUUCCUUGCUUUUUUCUCCCAAACCCCUCAGGACAGAAUCACGCGAGCACCAAAACUGACACAUUUGUAGAACACCAACGAUUUUUUUUUUCACGCAUCCAUCAUUCUAGAAGCAUGCAUUUUUGCAGGGUAAUUUAGGGCCCAAAGCAGAAUUGAAUUUGGGACCACCCAAUGCCCCCCCUCCUGCUUUAAAAAACAACGACAGUUUUUCACACCUUUUCAUUUAUGUGAAACGAUGUUUAUACUUUUUAAAUCAAACUUAAAAAAAAUUACUUUGCCACAUUUUUGUACUAAAAAAAAGUUUUACCGCAAAAUAACAUUUCUACUACAAAUAAAAUAACUAUUUGCAACCUCCCUCGUCCGCCUUCGGCCAGGAUGUUUACCAGACGAACUAUUGGGGAAAUAUGCAAUUAUACUAUUUUCAGUGAUGGAGCAGGAAAAAGCCAGGAAUACGAAUUAAAAAAGUAAUUGGUAGUUUUCUUGCAUUUUUAACAUUUAUUUUGCGAUAAUAAGUCACAACCGGUGUGUCCACACGAUUUAAAUUAGGGAUGAUUGCACAUUAAAGAUGCAAACAUAAAUAAAAAUAUCAUUAUUUUAGCUUUUGUGAAACGUAUAGGCGACAAAGCAAAUAGUUGUUAUAUCUUAUAUACCAGGGUUGUCCAAACCAUUUCCACUGAAUGCCAUUUUAAUAAUUUUCUUUUUUAGAACCAAUACAAUAACUCCAUUUUCUUUUCUUUACCUUUAAGGCUCCCUUCCAGUGUGAUCCUGGAAGGGUCUCAGUCAUUAAAUGUAAAAAAUAAGUAAUUUGUUUUCAAUCAAUGCUUAAAUCUUUAGAUAAUUUUCAGGUAAUUUAAGUUUUUUUUAUCUUUAUGUUUUAUGCAGUUUAUUUUUUAUUUUUUUUUACAAAACCUUGUUUUUAAUGGCAAAAACACAAAAUAUGCAAUAUUUCACCCCCCCCCCCAAAAUGUUUUCAAAGCUGAAUAUUUGGUGUAACGUAAUUGAAGCUUUAAAUGAAUCGAUAAAUAAUCACCACAUUUACUUUGAUUCAUUAUUAUUUUUCGAGCAAGGACAGUUAAA